AUGGCAGCAAUAGUUUGCUUUGGGUAACGUGAAUGCCUUUAUAACUAUCAAUUCAGCAGGGCCGUACCAUGUGUUAAAAACGAGCUCAUGACACUGUAGAAUACCGACAAGAAAGAAGUUUGGCUUUUAACAUAGCUUGACGUAAAGGACAUGCCAUGUUUGGAAGGGUAAGGGGUUUCUGAAACAAUAAAAUACCUUGCCACAGCUCUCCAAACCUGUUAUUUUCCUUUCUGCCAUUCUGUUUUCAUGCCACCACCACCACUACCCAAAGACGAUAAAAGCCAUACCAACAAUGACGGCAGUAGCAGUAGUAACAUAAAAUCUCGACGUGGCAAACAGAAAAAGGAUGACUUGACUCGCAAAGACAUUGCCAAUUUAUACUCGCAACUGGAAUCCGUGGUUGAAAAAGUGCCGAGUCCUUCACCACAGCAGCAGCACCAAGCAAUGGUACUAUCGCCUGAUGCCACCAACAGCACACCGACGUUGAGCGCCAUUUCCACACCUGGUAAAUCACCUUCGUCGCCAGCAGCAGUAGCAGAAACACCGUGUGAUUGUCCACACCGACAUAUUUUCACUCGAAAUGAAACGACAUGUGCAUUAUGCGAUCAAGAAAUACCACAACUGACACAACUUGCCCGCGCCAAAGCCGAAUUGGUAGAGGCACACACCACAGCCUCCAGCAACGAACAAAAGCUUAUUGAGUUACAGGCAUUAAAAGAAACAAAUGAACAACGACUCGAACACACCACGCAGCAACUUGAAUCGUUGCGGCGAGACAUGCAAGUGCUGAACGAUAAAUACGUGGAUGAAAUUGAACGUGUGGGUGAAAUCCAGCAUGCCAAAGCGUUGGUCGAAAACGAACUUGAGGAAUUAUCUCAAAGGUUGUUUGAAGAAGCCAAUGGAAUGGUGGCGAGCGAGAAAAGAGAAAAGUUCAAUCUACAAGAAGCCUACAAGCAUCUUCAGGAAAAAUUUGAUGAAACACGCGAGCGACUCGCUGCUGAAGAAAUGCAGCUCAAAGAGUUACGAGAAAAGAUGCAGGAGGGAGAAGAGCAACAGCGCUCAUUAUCCAUCAAUGGCAGUUCUGAUGAAAGAAUGAGUAGCAUUGGAGGUGGCGGUGGUGGGGACAGUACAAUAUUAUCACCGGCAAGUGACGAUCCAGAAGGAACUGCCGCAUACGAUCUCGCUGAAAUGUUUCGUCGUCAGCUUCAAAUCUCAACGACACAUCGAUUACCACCUGAUGGAACGGAUACGAUGCUCGUCGAGAACUUUUCCGAGUAUGUCAUUGCAAGCCCCAACAUUGCCUUGAAGAAGCUAUACACGUUACCCUUUUUGAAAUAUUGUUUGGCCGAGGAUAUUGAGCCCUGCCUACGCUUUGGACCCAACUCGCGAUUGUCGGCACGAAAAUUAAUUGAUGCAAUCACGCUGAAUGCCUGCUUUAUCGAGGACACGCCGCCUGGAUUUGUACAAGCUCAGGCAAAGAAGCAUUUCAUCAGUGAGACUCCGCUCAAGAUAUCCGCUUUGAAAUUGUCGAUGUGGGAAAGGUUCAGCAGUGAUGAUAGUGGGGUGUUUCAAGGAUGUCAGGCUUGCGGAAGACUAGAGUCACCGUUACCGUAUCGGUUCAGGAUAUCCUAUUUAGAUGACUGGGCGUGCAUUGAUCGCUACUGCCGAGACCGUUUGGUGGCCGUAUGCGAAUUUUUUGUAUUUAUCCGCAAUAUUCGCCAAGGCUACUAUAACCGAAGAACGAUUCCGGAUCUCUAUCAUGAAUCUAUACGACUGCGACUGCAAAUGUUUUAUGCGAGGAUGGGCGUGUUGCCGUGGAUCUUGAGAAGCUUAGGCGUAAAAGGUGAUGCACUUGGUGUUGCAUCCGAGCCACAAAUGUCCGUGCCGCCUACUCCUGAAGCCAUCAUUCCUCCAUCACCUUUUCGAGACGACAAUGACGACGCUUUGCUGUCUCCCCAGUCACCAGCAGUCCCUCCUCCCCCUCCAACUGAAGGCAUUUCCACUACCCCAUCUGCAUCACCAGCAUCCCAAGAGUCAUAUCGAUACUAGACAUCUUUUUAUUGAACAACAAAUAAUUCAUUUCAUCUACAGUUUGUAUAUAUAUAUAUAUAUAUAUAUAUAUAUAU